AUGAGACCACGAGCCGCUUCCGUCCUCGUAAUAGGAUGUGUACAGCUGGUACUACUGGCUUCAUCUGCUUCAGCUUCCUGGUCCUUCCUUAACUUUUUCGGGGACAAAAAGAAUGACAACACGAGUAGUGAUGGCAAUUCUAGCGCUCUACUAAUGGACCCCCUGGAAAACGUGCUUCAAGAUGACGUGGAAUUCGAGCAACCUCUUCUCGUCGCAGCUGACUGGUUCCUUACCGAAGAGGAGAUCACGGCAUCUCGAGGCGGGGUACCUCGCUUGAACAUGGUCACCUACAGCACUGGCAACAAUGUGAAGACGUUCACAGUGACGAAGGAGUUUUUCGACUCGCUCUACGACGAUCUCUCAUCGACCAAGGCCAAUGAUCGCGUCAUGGUGACCGCGUACAACACGGCGCUCAUUCCAUUCAAGCCUGAAACGGACCCGGAAGGUCUCACCAGUCGCUUCGAUGCUGUCUUUGGCGGCGUCGUGAAGCGAGGAGGGGAUGUCAAGAUCAUUUGCUGGGCGACCAAGUUCCCGUCGAAACAAGACAUCAACGUACGUGACAAGAUCAACGAACUCCCGACUUCCAGCAUCAACAACGGUAGUGCCCAGUUCAUUUUCGAUGAUCGGCUGCCCUAUAGUCUAUCGUCGCAUCACCAAAAGACGGUCAUCAUUGCUGCAAGUGCCCCUUCUGGAUCUGACAAGUACCCCGUUGCGUACGUCGGCGGGAUCGAUAUCACUAAUGACCGGUGGGACACCAUCUAUCACAACGAGUCAGCACUUCGCGAAAAAGCCGGUAUUAACCUGGACUACAAGGGAUGGGUCGACAGUAGCUUCCGCAUUCAUGGACCAGCUGCGAAAGAUGUUGCAGCAAAUUUUCUGGACCGCUGGAACUCUCCUUAUCUCCCGACACAAGACCUUGUCGACAACCUCGAAUCAUUCCAGAACCCAGCGUACUCGUUCCAACCCGCGCUGAACUACAGCAGUAGUAACACCACCUCGACGUUCGGGCACCAGAGUGUGCAGAUUGUGCGCACCUUCAGCUGCAAGUACAAGCACUACGAGUUUGCACCAUUUGGUGAGAAGUCGCUGCUGUACGCGCGCAUCAAGGCCAUCAAGAACGCCAAGAACUUCAUCUAUGUCGAGGACCAGUACUUCAUCCACGUGCCCGAGUUGCUGGAUGCCCUAAUGGUAGUCAUGCCAAUCAUACAGCGUUUAGUUGUCGUCAUUCAGCCACCAGAGCUAAUGACCAAGAGCGGCGGAUAUGAGAAGUACAUGUACAAGCUCGUUCAGCCGAUCAAAGACAGAUUUCCAGACAAGAUUCGCAUGUACGCAAUGAAGCCAGAGCUGAAUGUGUACGUGCACAGCAAGAUUGUGAUCAUCGACGAUGUGUACUUGUCGGACGGCUCAGCCAACUGGAAUCGCCGCAGCAUGACUUCCGACGUCGAGCUGAACGCGAAUAUCGUUGACUUGAAGACGGUCGAUUCACCUGACGGCGUUAGAGUGGGUAAACUGGUUCGGGACUUCCGUGUGCGCAAAUUUCACGAGAUGACGGGACGGAGCUACAAAGAGAUCAACAAGAUGACAUUUCUUGACAGCGCUGACCUGUUCGACGCGGCAGCCGCAGAGAAGGAGUCUCUGAUCCAGAAGUUCGACAUUGGCAAGAAAGUGUACUACAAUGUCAUUGGGAAGGGCCUGCACCAAGGAAUUGAUCCCUACGAUCACUGUGACUAG